AUGCCAAAGUACCUUCUUAUUACAGGAGCCACCGGCAAACAGGGAGGAGGCGUGAUUGACGCGCUCAUUCGUGAAGAUGCCGAUUUCGAAAUCCUCGCAGUCACUCGUGAUACCUCGUCCAGUAGAGCACAGAAGCUCAAGCAAAAGUCUGCGAGCAUCCAACUCAUUGAAGGUGACCUAGACCAGCCUGAUGAGAUCUUUACCAAUGCAGAAAAAGUCAUAUCUCAGCCUAUUUGGGGUGUGUUUAGCGUACAGGUGCCAGUCCCGAGUGGCUUGAAGCACGAUUCUGAAGAGCGACAAGGCAAGGGGCUGAUUGAUGCAGCUCUCCAAAAAAAUGUCAAGUGUUUCGUCUACACGUCUGUGGACCGGGGCGGCGAGGCCUCAUUUGACAAUCCGACCCCUAUUCCUCACUUUUCCAGCAAACAUUAUAUCGAGCACCACCUCGUCAAAAAGGCCAAAGGCACUGAUAUGGCUUGGACAAUUUUGCGGCCUACUGCAUUCCUCGAGAACUUUACUCCGAAUUUCUUUGUGAGCGAUAUUGGCUUUUUCGGUGCACAGGCCUUCCUGCACCCAAACCAAUACCAAAACAAAUGUAUCUCGCUGGCAGGCGACGAGCUCUCAUAUAGUGAAAUGGCCAUGAUCUUCCAUGCUAAAUGUGGACGAGAUGUCCCUUUGACAUUCGACUUCGUGGGCCGGAUCUUGAUGUGGAUGAUGAAAGAUUUGGGUUAUAUGUUUCAGUGGUUCUACGAUUCAGGGUACAAAGCAGAUAUUCCAGCUCUGAAAAAGAUAAAGCCCGACCUGAAAGACUUCAAGACUGGUUUGAAAAUGACAGCGGUUUUGUGA